AUGGAGCCGCCCGGCAGCCCGGUGAGUCGGAGGUGCGGUGGUGGCGAGGGACCGGCGCAGGCAGGCAGCGGCCGCGGCGGGGGCCCUCCUCCAGGGGUCGUGAAGGGUUCAACUGGAUCCGAAGUCACCUCAGUCACUGGCCACACCGAGUGGAGGGAAGGUGCUUUGCAUCCCCUCACUGUGCGCCCAGAGGUGUACUUAGGUGCCUCCACGGCUGCCCAGGGGAGGCAGGUGGCUGAUGGGAUUUGGGGCUCUGGCCCCUUCAUUGGGGUCCUGUGCCCCGCGAGCCAGAGGCCCUCUGCCAGCCCCAGCCAGCCCCAGCCCGUCACUCCGGCCCCUGAGCCCAGCCAGCCCCGGGAGACGUGGGGCGGGAAGUAUGAGUUCCUGCUCUCCUGUAUCGGAUACUGCGUGGGGCUGGGGAAUGUGUGGCGCUUCCCGUAUCUCUGCUAUCGUAACGGAGGAGGGGUGUUCCUGAUCCCCCUCGCCGUCAUGCUGCUCUUCGCUGGGCUGCCCCUCUUCCUGAUGGAGCUCAGCCUCGGCCAGUACGGCGCUGCCGUGCCCAUCACGGUCUGGAAGUGCUGCCCGCUCCUGAAAGGGAUCGGGUUCGCGAUGCUGCUGGUCUCCUCGCUGGUCUCACUCUACUACAACGUCAUCAUCGCCUGGACCUUCGACUACCUGGGCACGUCCUGGCAGAGCCCCCUGCCCUGGUCCUGUGGCGCUCCGCAGAACGCCCACCUGUGCCAGGCCCAGGUGCUCCCUGACCCCAGGGGACAGGGCAGGAAUGUGGUCUGGGUUGCUUCGGCCACAGAAAUAUGCACAAGCUGCACCUGCUGGAGGGGAGUUGAGUGUGCAGGUGUGACCCAGUUCUGCCAAGACAUCGUGGACAUGAUCCGCUGCUGCCCGCCCUGGUGCAGCAAGUUGGUGCUUUACUUCAAAGCCUGUUGGGUGCUCUUUACCCCAGGGCUACUCCUGUUCAUCCUCUUCUACAUCUUCCUGGAUCUAUCCAGCACGACUUUGCACUACGGCAAGUAUGAAUAUCCACCGUGGGGGGAAGCCCUGGGGGUCUGCAUGGGAGUCGUGACCUGCAUCCAGAUCCCCCUCUGGGCCACCAUUGCCCUCUGCAAGGAGUCUGGGACGCUGGCAGAUCGCUUCAGCAAGGCGAUCCGGCCUCUCAACUCCUGGCGGGCCGCCAGUGGCCGAGACACGUCCGCCGGAGUCACUGACGUGCCGUACACGGUGAACCUGACCGGCGGUGGCUUGGGCGGGGCCUGGUGGCAGUGGCAGCUGGAGGACAGCAGCGGGGCGUGA